AAAUCUUUUUCAUCGAGUCAAAACAACAUUUUUAAACAAGGAUAUUUCAUUUACAGGAGCUGAAUAUAUCUGUGGUUUGUAGCAGAUUUAACAAAUCUCUUUAAUCUGAUUUUUCUGGAUGUAAAAUCUAUAAUCAAUAUUCAUGAAUCGUUUUAUCGCCUCACAGGCCAGCAGAACCCGUUCUGCAGUCCUCCGACGACACGGUAUUUUUUUACGAUCUAUCAAUCACCUGAAUAAAGCUGGAGUGAGUGAGCCACUGCCGGGGGAGGUCUGACCUGCGGCCUAGCAUGACAUUGAAGGAAGGAGUAGCACUCACCCAGGAAAUCCCAUUAUACCAAACUAUGAUGGAUAUCGUCACUUGGGAAACUCAUAUGUGGUCUGACAUAUAAUUUGUUAUAAUUUGUAUAAGAAAUUAAAAAAAAACAGACUAUGUUCAUCUUUAAUUAUUUUUUAUUAUUUACAGGAUUUUUCCUACAAAACUCUGACUUUAAUUUUAUUUUAAAACAUUGUUCUUAAGAUGAGUGCCUUUUUAAAUGUCACAGAAUUUGUCAUUAUUUUCAUUUAUUGGUUGCAGAUCUCACCUGUAAUGACGUGUGAAGACAAAACAAGUUCCACUGUCGUGUUUAUUUUUCUCUGAAUGAAAGAAAUAUAGAUUUUUUUAUGUGUGACAGGACUCCAGUGCUGAUCAAUCCCACCAGUGAGCAACAGCUUGCUCUCAUAAGAUAAAAUUCCUUUUAUUAACAAUGAGCAACAACAAAGAAAGGAUGUCUUCUGUAAACAAGUGUCAAACGAGCCCCUGCAGGGAGACCUUUCAGGCAUUUCACCUAAAACUUAAAACAAAAGGUUAAUCAGGCCGCAUCUAGACCGCUCUGUUUGUGCCGCUGCCUCGUCUGUCAGGUAUUGAUCGCCCAAAGUAAGAGAAGGCUCAAGAUUUUCAACUAAAAUUCAGUUUUUAAAAAACCUCCCAGCAUGCAACCUUUGAACACUUCUUUGUCUGCAUUGGCUUUUUAAAAAUCUCUCUUUUGAAGGAAGUCGCAUUUUCAGAACACAACUAACGAGUUUGAUCAAUCUGACGCUACUGACACUCUUAUCUGUCUGUGAACUUUCACCUUCAUGUGCCUAACCGAUAUUUAAGAAAAGUAAACAAACAUAUCGCUGCUGAGAGGUCACACAAAGUGGGAGGUUGCACACGAAGCUUGCUGCAGAAAGAACACUUUAAAGAGGAUUACGACAAAAAAAAGCAUUCGGAUCUACAAGAAAAGAAGGGGAUCGGACUCGUCCAUGCGUGACACAGUUACCAGUUACAGCUCACACAGCCCUAAAAUUGUCAAAACAAACAGCAUCGCCGGAGCCAUGAAGCUUGAUGGGACAGAAUAUUUUAACGUCUCCGUGCUGAGACAAACAACAGAUCGGCCAGAAUCAGCACCGUCUCCAUCAGUGUCGCAGACUGACGCAGGUGGAAGUCUGUGUUGCAUCUGUGCAGACAACGCCACAGGUAAGCACUGUAGUGCAUCCAGCUGUGACGCCUGCAAGGGCUUCUUAAGGAGGAGCAUCCGCAACAACCACACAUACAACUGUAGGUUCAACAGGCAGUGUGUCGUGGACAAAGACAAAAGGAAUCAAGGUCGUUUCUGCAGACUAACUAAAUCCUGUUUUACUUCAUAACAAAACUCCCCUCAAUCAACAGCGGUUCAGGAUGAGCGAGACACCCUCAGCUUUCCCAGAGCAAAGGGACAAACAGCAGGACCCGUCGGCAUGCUCCAGCAGGCUGAGACCAGCGUGCAACAGAUCCCAGCGCUGCCUUCACCUCAGAGUCAUGUCAGCUCCAAGAAGAGGACAUGUGUGGGAGACGUGUUCCAAUCCAUGAAGCAGCAACUCCUCCUGCUGGUGGAACGGGCCAAACACAUCCCAGAGUUCUGCCAUCUUCAGACGGAUGACAGUGUCACCCUGCUGCAAACCCAUUCAGCAGAACAUCUCAUCCUGGGAGCAGCAAGACGCUCACUCCCUUACUACAACAAUGUGAUUCUUCCAGGAAAUGACUUUGUGAUCCCUCUGAGGGGGGCAGAGUUGGAGGUGGCAUGAGUGGCUCGCAGGACCCAGGCGGAGCUGGUCAAGCCUCUCAGGGAACUGGGCAUCACAGAUAAGAAGCUUGCCUGCCUCCAAGCCAUUGCUUUCCUUGCCCCAGACUGUCCAGGGCUGGAGAACCCUCAGACGAUCCGACGCUUGCGUCUCCAGGCUCACGUUCUACUUGAAGAAGCAGUGAGUGAGUAGCAGGGAAGGUUGGGGUAGCUUCUCCUGAUGCUCCCCCCCCCCCCCCCCCUGCAAAGAGUUGCUUGGCAGAUGGUGGAGACUCUCCGCUUGACACAGCAGCUUGGUGAAGCUAGAAUGGACAGCCUUCUGCUGGAGAUGCUGCUGGGGAAAGGAGCCAGGACAGAACCGUGCACAUGCAGGAAACCCCGCAACAGCCUCUAGCUGCUGGUUAAUCAUUAAAUCAUAAAGUUUGACUUCGUUUUUGUUGUUUCGGAGACAAUUAAACUCGAGAAGAUCAUAAUGACCCCAGAACUUCUUGAAGACUUCACCUCUGCCAUUUCUCACAUUUCAUUUUAUUUGGUUUAUUGAUAAAAUUAGUUGUUCUAAAAUAUAAAAAAAUCUGUAUUUAGGAGGUACUUGAUGUUUUUUUCUGUGUUGAAGCCAGCUGAGGUCCGUCUGUCUCACACCGCUCCUCCAAGCAACCAUCCUGCUGCCCACACAGACUGGCACUGAGGUGCACAAACCUGGAGGAGCUGCCAGUCUGACCACGGCAUACCUGAGAGCCAUGUUCCCAAAACACAUCCCACGGGUCAUCAGAGGAAUGAAAACAAGCUUCAGACAAAUCUAAACUCAUUCACAGUUCACUUUAUCAACAUGAAUGUGUUUAAUUACACAUGCAAUCAGCAGCAGACACAUACAGAAGAGGAUUAGAGCCAUGGGAAAGAAAAACAAGCAAAGAGAAAAAUAAACUCUAAUCUAAAUUCUGCCUUUUUUCACAAAAUAAUGAAUUCUGAGAUUAAAGUCAGAAUUUUGUUUCAUCGUGAAAUGUGAUUUAGCCUGUUUAACCCUAACGCGCCCCAAUUGGGGGCCUCUACAAUUUCCCAAACAUCUACAACUGUCCACAUUCUCCAAAUACAACUAAAACCACAAUCAAUCAGCCCAGAUAGGAAACAAGGCCAUUUUAAAUUGUAAUAAAUUAAGAUACAAUGAUAUUUGAACGUUAUUUUAGAACAGCAUCUGACCUUCUCUGGUGUCUGCUGGGAGAAAAAAAACCUUGAACAAAUUUUGUUGAGGACCCCUGGAAUAAAUUAAACAAUUGACUAAAUUUCCUAAAUGGAAUUUGAACUCACAACCUCCAUCCCGUCAGCACUUUCACACAGGGCAGCUCUU